AUGGGCAACACACUUUCAGCCUACCACGAGGCACCGCACGUUCUCGAUCUGGGCAAAAAGGGCAAGAUCAAGGGUGUUCAGUUCGACGACAAGGCGCGCCGUUAUACCGGUGUGCCCUAUAGCUUGCCGCCGACAGGAGAGUACCGGUGGAAGAAACCUCGCGCGCUGCCCGAGACCUGGACCUACUCCGGUCAGGAUGGAGCUCCGUUUGACGCAAUUGAAUUCCGAGCGCCCUGUCCGCAGUCCGCCUUCAUCUCCGGGGUGGAGAAGGAUGUGAUAGACGACGAGGCGUUCAGCGAAGACUGCUUGAUCCUCAACAUAUGGACACCAGUCGAGCGCCCGGAGGACAAGGGCAAGAAAUGGCCGGUGUACAUCUGGCUGCACGGUGGGUGGUUCCAGAUGGGCACUCCGUCGCAGGAGGAGAGCAUGAGCCCCGUCGAGAAGAUUUCCACUGGUCAGCUCGACGCAAUUGUUGUGGCUGUUGGCUACCGCCUGAACGUCUUUGGUUUCCUCGCCAGCGAGGAGCUUGCAGCCGAGAGCAAUGGCGAGUACGCUGGCAACUUUGGUCUCUGGGAUCAGAGGCUGGCAAUGGAAUGGGUGAAAGCCAACAUUGGCUACUUUAAUGGCGAUGUCGACAACAUCACGCUCGCUGGCCGCAGUGCCGGCUCCUAUGGUGUUCACGCGCAGCUUAUCCAUGAUUUUCGCCUGUCGCCAGCCGCUCAGAAGCAAGACCAGCUAUUUCACCGUGUCUUCAUGUGCUCCAAUGCCAUCCCGGCGCAACCUCGACCCCUCGCCGAAGCGCAGCCUCAGUUUGAUGAGCUGUGCGACUAUUUCCAAAUCUCAGCGACCGCGACUGGCGCAGAAAAGCUGGCAGCACUACGCCAGGUCAGCCAUCAGAAACUAGUCGAGGCACUGAAGCACCUUACACGCCACACCUUCCGGCCCGUUACUGAUGGGCUCUUUAUCGAGCCGGGCAUGAUGGAGUACCAGCGCAGCCAGCAGUUCGCCGAUCAGUUUCUGCAGAGAGACAUGCGUCUAUUAAUUGGAGAGGUGCUCAACGAAGAGACCUUAUACGCGACUUACAAUACACCGGAUGCUGGAUUCGACUCGCUCAAGAUCGAGGUCGCUAAUUAUUACGGCGAGACCACCGCAGAGAGGAUCCUCAAGAACUAUGCUCUCCCAGCUGAGGGCAGUAGUGAGAAGGAUUGGAGAGAUUUGUUUGGUCGCAUCAUUUCGGAUGGGCAGGUCCGCGCCCCAUCAAGAGCCCUAGUUCAGGGGUUGAGUCAAAAGGGAGUUCCGUUGGACAGGAUAUGGCGAUAUCAAAUCGCAUAUCGUCUUUCGUUUAUCACCGAAAAGCAGGUUCCCAUGUCUUUCGGAGUAGCUCACGCAAUGGACAAGCCGUUCUGGAAUUACUCUAUCCUUCACGGACCUACACCUAAGGAGCGGGAACUUAUGGAUGAAUGGAUCAAGAUCCUUGUGGCCUUUGUUCAAAAUGACCGAAGCUAUAGCUUCGGCACCAAGUCGUUAGAUGAGAUGAAGGUGGCUACACCAAGUGCGACAGUCGAGGUGCAGCGCGAUUCAAGGUGGCAGGACCUUGUAAGACUAGGCGAGAUAUUUGCUGGCCAACAGUAG